GUGUCUCUGUGCGUGUUAGCCUGGCGAGGGGGCCCGCGCGCGCAUCUCCGUCGAGCGCAUCGCCUGCAUAUAUACCCCACGACCGCGCGCCGUGGAUACCAGUACGCCACCCACAAGCCACCGGUCGCAACCGCACUCCGUCUAUAUCACCCCCGGCCUCGCCACCUUGGGACCAGUGCCUCUCCCUCCUCCCUCUCUCGCAACCUUUCCCCCCGUCUCGUUGGAAUCCAUGGCGUCCAAGUCCGCGGUCACCACCGCAGGUGGGCAGCUGCCCAAGGGCAAGGAGGAGUCCUCCUCCAUGGCGGACGUGUACAACCACGAGCUGACGCCGCUGCAGAAGCACGUCGCCUUCUUCGACCGCAACAAGGACGGCGUCAUCCACCCCUCCGAGACCUACGAAGGGUUCCGCGCGAUCGGGUGCGGCGUCGCGCUGUCCGCCUUCAGCGCAGUCUUCAUCAACGGACUGCUCGGUCCCAAGACCAUACCG